AUGACUCCAGGUCCUAAAAUACUUCAACGGUGUAUAAGUGAUAUUUUAGAUGGUAUUGAAAAUUGUUUACAUAGACGACAUAGUAUUGUAUUUGAAGUCAAAAGAAGAGCAUCCAAAGCUCAUUUUGAAGGUAUUAAAAAGACUCUGAAAGACAGGUAA